UGGUAAACAAUUUGAUCUGGGUUAUACAUAUAUUAUCAUGCAAAAUAUUUCCAUAUGUAAAAUUGAGAUUUGAACUCUGGACUCCAUUCCCCAGGAGUCCUUGCUAGCUCCCAGAAUGCCCUCUAAUCUCACUUAAUUCUCACCUGGGACGAAAACAAAAUUUUAUUUAAAGUGUCUUCCCCUUAGGCAGGGCUCUCUUUUUUUUGGACUUCCGUUUUGGAGCAGAGGCAGACAUCUCUUCCAUGAUGUGAGGUGAUUUUGUCUAGGCCUCUGGCCUAGGCACAUGUUUCUUAUCCUGUAUUUUCUUUAAUCCUUAGUCUCUAAUAAACCUCUAAAAAUUAUAAUACUCCUUGCAGAGAGAAACUAAUUUCUACCUGCCUCAGUCUCCCCUAAAUUUUAAUCUUUACACAUAUUAUUCAUUUUUGUAAGAGAAUAAUAAUAAUAUAAAAUCAAAACCCUAAAAACCCAUAUGAACUAAAGUGAAAAACAGAAUGCUUUAUCUACAUUCCAACUCAGUUCUUUUGCUGGAGGUAGUUAGCAUUCUUUCUCCUAAGUCCCUCAGAAUUGUACUGGAUUAUUAUAUUUCUGAGAGUAUCUAAAUCUUUCACAGUUGAUCAUUCCACGGUAUUGCUCUUACCAUGUACAAUAUUCUCCUGAUUAUUCUUAUUUCACUCUGCAUCAGUUCAUAUAGGUCUUUCCCAGCUUUUUCUGAAAUCAUCCUGUUCAUGAUUUCUUAUAGUUCAGUAGUAUUCCAUCACUGUCACAUACCACAAUUUGUUCAGCCAUUUCCCAAUUGAUGAGCAUUGCCUCAAUAUCCACUUAAAGUUGUUUUUUUAAGCCUGCUUCUCUUUUUUUUCUAUACUUUCUCCUUUGGGGAUCUCAUUUAUUCUUGUUAUUUCAAUUAUGAUCUUUAUGCAGGUGACUUUCUACCCCCAACCUCUACCAGUAGUUCUAAUGCUAUGCAAUCUAAAGGCCUGUUGGGUAGCUUUAAUACUUCAGUUAGCUAUCAUUUUUCUCAUAUGAUAAGGCAUGAGUCCCAUCUUUUUAUCUCAUGAACCAAAUAGGUGAAAUAUUAUUUGAAUUUAAUGUUUAGGAGACUAUCCCCAAACUUUUGCAACUACCAUGGCUCAUCUGUGGCAUGUUCUUGAUGCUAGUUCAUGCAACAUAUUUAUUGAACAUCUGCUUUCUAUAUGCAAGGCAUUGUACAAGGUGCUGUGGACACAGAGGUGAACAGUCCCAGCCCAUAUGGAAUUUAGAAUACUGUAAUUGAGCUUCUAGAUCUUCAGUGGAAAAUGGGUAUGGCAGUGAGCUCAGACAAUUGCAGAUCUCUUAAGUCUCCUUAUGUGGCAUUGAUGCUAAAAGUGGCAGAUCAGUCAGGCCAGAUAACAAACAAGUCCUUUGAAAUGACAAUUCCACAAUUUCAGCAUUUCUUCAAACAGUUUAAAGAAAUGGCUGCUGUUAUUGAAACUGUGUAAAAACUACUCGCCUUGUUACCUUUGUAAAAUAAUGUAUUUCAUUUGAUGUAAACACAAUUCCAUAAAGAUUGGAUGCUAUUUCUUAAAUGUAGAUGUAAUUUUUUUGUCAUUUUCAUAGGGUAAGAUAGUACUGUUUUAGGCUUUAUUCAUGUGUUACAACAUCUCAGAAUCUCAUAUUUAAAUAAGUAUUGUAUUGACAAUUACAAAUAAACUUGACAAAACAAAGAUGCUUAAAUAAGGUAACUUGAACAUGCAGUAAUUUGUAGGAUUAGUAAAAUGGUGGUAUAAGAGAGAAAAGAAAAUUUUAACUUAUUUGAGUUCAGGUUCAAAAAGUGGCUCGAUCAAAUAUAAAUUUAUGAAACUAUCAACAUUAGAAACUGGACAAAGCUAUCCUUGAAUGCCAACACAAACAGAGAGUAGAUGAAUUCCUCUAUCCAGAUGAAUCUAUACAAAGCAUACUAAGUUCUCACUUUGGAGAUGGAAAAAGAUUUUAAUGCAUUAUCUUACUAACUAAUGUAAUUAGAGCAAAGAUAUGGCAUUGAAAAAUUACAUAGAAAUAAUUGCCAGUGAGUUUUAUAGGAAUGUUAGGAAGUAUUUGUGCAAGAGUUCAUAGUUAAGUAAAAUGUAUAAUGUUGAUGAAACAGUGUUGUUUUGCAGAGGUUACCCAGCAAAGGUUAUGUGUGUUCAAAAUGCUCACAGAUCUUUCCUUAUGCUUUAAUUACAGGAUUAUAGAUUUAGAAAUGGGAAUUUUUGAGGUCAUCAAAUAGUUUAAUCACCAUUUGAGGCCCAGAGAGUUUAUAAUUUGCACAGAGUCAUACUGACAAAAAUAAAUGAAAACCAAAAUUUGAAUCUUUGUCUUCUGACUCUAAAUCCAGGACUCUUUCCACUGGACUACCAUUGUUCAUAUACCUCGAAGAUAUGUGAACUGAGACUUGGGAGACUUGAAUUUUCGUCUCCAUUCUGCCACUAAACUACUUCUGUACUUUGGAUAAGUCAUUUAACCCCUCUUUUUAUCUUUCUUUAUUUGUAAAAUGAGAGGGUUGGACCAAAUCUUUUAAGUUUCCUUCUACCGCUAAAAUUUCAGAAUCAGAGGAAAAUCUGAAUUAUUAUUAUGUCAAGGAAUAGUUUUUCUAAACUGAAAUUUUAUGUAAUAGAUAAAGAAACCAAAUUUAUUUCUAGUAACUGGAACUUCAAAUCUAUUAGUGUUUUCAAACAAGAAGUGUGGCUGGAUCAUUCUAUUUUUAGGUGAUAACACAGAAAAUAUUUUGUGCCACAGAUGUUAAAAAAUUUGAAAUUUGGAGACCUGACCAAAAAAAGAAAAAACUGUGUCUUUUAAUGUAAUUAUCCUUGCCUUAAUAGCAAAAUAAUUGGCCCUUCUACCUGAAAAGUAAUUUUUCUUAGAAUCUAGUCAGAUACCAUUCUGCUCCACAUUUUUCACAUCCAUGGGAUUGGUGACAUUUGAGUUAGGUCUUGAAGGAAGACAAUAAUUAGGUAGAAGUAUGAGGUAUAACUGUAUACAAGUAUGCUGAGGUAGGAGAACUUUAUAUGACUCUGGGAAUUAUGAAUAAUUCUAGUUUAAUUGGAACAAAGAGUGUGUGUACGGGGAAGUAGAGUGAAAUACUACUUAGACACUGAUUGAUUUGAAGAAAGCCUUGAAUACCAAGUCAAACUGUCUGUAUUUUACUUGGUAGGUGAUGAGGAGCCUUUUAGGAUCUUUGAAUCAAAGAAUGAUGUAAUCAAACUUAGACAUUAGAGUCAUUUGAAUCAUCAAGCCUCCGAAUCAAAUAUUUCUGUGGUCGAAAUACAGUGGGUUGAAGAUGAGACGAGACAGGGAGAGCAUUUAGGAGACAAAACAGUAAUCCAAGCAAGAGAUAAUGAGAUCCUGGUCUAGAGUGUUGGAAUAGGAGUUGUAGAAAGUAAUUAGAUGCAAGAAUGAACUGUAAAAAGCCACAAGAAUGCAGUUUCAAAACCAACUUUGCACAUCAGUCUGCAUGGUACAAUACUGCAGAAAUUUAGCACUUGGGAUUUAUUAAGAAAUUUUAAUAAAAGAUUUGACAAACAUGAGAUCCAAAUCCAACUCUGGCCUCCAACACUUCAUACCUGUGUGAUCCUGCUCAAGGGCAAGGUUAAAUGUUAACCCCCAUUGCCUACCUUCACCGAUCGCCUGCCUUUUGGAACCAAUACUUGGUAUUAAUUCUAAGGCAGAAGGUAAGGGUUUUAAAAAAAAAAAGAUUUGACCAAGAAAGAUAUUUUUACAAAUCAUAGCGAAGAAAAACACCGUCAUUAGAUAAUGAGUUUUUUUGGUGUUUCAUCUGUCACUCUUUAAAGCUUAUAUAGUUAUGUACCAGUUAAUGACUUUAGGCAAGAUUACAGAGGCAGUUAAGUCUAUAAGAUCAAUAUUUAAAAAUUUUCAUUUUCUGACUGUGACAAAUGCCAACAAAUAUGAACAUUGUCAUAUACAAAGAACAAAAAUGAAAAUUGUAUAUCAAACCAUGAAUUUUCAUUAAGUUUAUUUCAUUUUUAAGUUUGUAAUAAAUUCAACAUGCCAAUUUCAAAA